AUGCUUCGCUGGUUGGGACUGGGUGGGGCCUCUCUGGUUGGAUAUUAUAUCUGGUCGAAGAUAAAUUUCUGGCUCAGGGAGCGGAAGUUCAAGAAACUUGUCGGGACCGAGAAGGCAACAUUCAAACCAUGUGCAUAUCCAUUCGGACUCGACCUUUUCAGCGUCGUAAUGUGGCACUUUGAAAACCAAACUCUUCCGGAAUGGGUUCGAACUGAAUAUGAAAAAUACGGAAAUACCUACACUGUUAGCAUGCUUGGCUCAACUUCUGUCUCAACAAGAGAACCUCGUAAUGUUCAAGCUAUCUUGACUUCCCAGUUUAAAGACUUUGGUAUCGGACCUCCACGUAUUGGAUCUUUUGCCCCUCUCCUCGGACGGGGAAUCUUUAGCGUCGAUGGCCGCGGUUGGGAACACUCUCGAGCUCUGCUUCGUCCUCAAUUCACCAAGGACCAAAUUACCCAAUUAGAAAACAUGGAAGAACAUAUUAGUACAAUGGUUGGAUGCAUUCAAGCUCAAGGAGACGGCACCGUUGUUGAUCUCCAAGAACUGUUCUUUGAAUUAACCAUCGAUUCUGCUACCCAUUUCCUUUUCGGAGAGAGCUGUCAAGUCCUGAAACACAGGCUCAAUGUCCUUCGUGGCGAAAUUAACGAUAUCCCCGCAGGUACCAAGUUCGCAUCUGCUUUCGACCUUGCUCAACGUCAUAUUAUCAAUAGGUACCGCCUAAGAGACUACUACUACAUGCAUAACCCGCAAGAAUUCAAAGACGCCAACAAAACUUGUCAUGACUUCGUUGACAAAUAUGUCUACCGAGCAAUUGAACUACACAAACGCGGCUUCAACAACGAGUCUGAAAAGUCUGGAAGGAAACGUUAUGUCUUUCUUGAUGAAAUAGCUAAAGAAACCCAAGACCCUGUCGUAUUGCGCGAUGCUCUUACAAACAUCCUUCUUGCCGGUAGAGAUACCACUGCCAGUCUCUUAUCCUUUGUAUUUUAUCUCCUUGUCCGUCACCCAGAAGUCGAACAAAAACUUCGAGCAGCGAUCAGGCAGGACUUUGGAGACAAAUCUGACGCUGAAAUUCUUACUUUCCACGACUUGAAGAAUUGCAAGUACUUGCGCUGGGUUAUUGAUGAGACUCUAAGAUUGUACCCCUCUGUUCCCUUCAACGUUCGUUCUGCCUUCGAGGAUACCACCCUGCCUCUAGGAGGUGGGGCUGAUGGAAAGAGCCCGAUCUUUGUACCAAAAGGAACUGUCGUUGAAUACUCUGUUUACGCUAUGCACCGACGUGAGGAUGUCUGGGGUGCUGACGCCAAUUGGUUCCGACCAGAACGCUGGGGUGAACCCCGCAACAAAGAAGGCUUCGGCAAUUUCGAAUUCCUUCCCUUCAAUGGUGGCCCAAGAAUCUGCCUUGGUCAACAGUUCGCCCUCACCGAAGCUUCAUAUGCCAUCGUCAGAAUGUUCCAACAUUUCAAGCGAUUUGAGAUGGCCGAGUUCAAUCCGUUCCUUAAGCUCAACGCCACAUUGACUAUGUGCGUUGGUGGAAAGGGUGUUCUAGUCAAGUGUUACAAGGACUAA